AUGGAGGGAGGAACGAGAGAGGAGAGGGCAGGCGGAGAGGGAACAGAAGUAGGGGCGGGAGGAACGAGGAGGGAGAGGGCAAUGGCGGAGAGGGAACAGGAGAGGGACAGGAGACCAAAAAGACGAAAGGAGAAGAAAAAGGGGAGAGCAAAAAGGGAGAGAGAGAAGGAGAAGGGAAAACAAGACAGGAAGGCGCGACAAGGACACGGGGGAACAAGGGAAGGGAGGGGGCGCAGCGGGGAGCGCGGGGGGGGGGGACAAAAUGGCACGGGGGCGAAGCCGGGCAGCCCGACCGAGGACGGCGCAAAGGAGCAGGAACGGGGGAGGAAGGGAGAGCGCGGCAAAGGGGCAGAAGCGAGCAGGGGGAGGAGAGGAGGCGGCGAGGACGAGGCGCAAAAGAGGAGGAGGAGGAAAAGAAGCUGGGGCGGGAAAGGCGGAGCGAGGCGAGGGCGGAGAAGAAAGCGCGCGGAGGGCAGGGCGGGAGAACGGGGGGCGCCAAAACCCAAGGGCGGAGGGGCAAAGCCGACAGAGCGGGAGGGGGGCGGCGGAGAGGAAGGAGACGGAAAGAGAGGCAGGAACGGGCACAGCAAGCGGAAGGGGACCGCCGGGGGAGGAAAGAAAAGAGGGGGCAAGAAGCAAAAAAAAAAAGAGCGCGGGAAGGAAGCAAAGGGCCAACGGAGCACCACGCCUGGAGGGGGAAAGAGGCAGGGACGAAGAAGCCAGCCAAAGGAAGAGGAAGGAGACCGAACACGAGGCCAAAGAGAAAAACGGCAAGCAGGGCAAGGAGGGGGGGAAAGGAGAAAAAAGAGGGAAGAGGCAGACGAAAAGAGGAAGCCAAAGGGACAGGAAGCGCAAUGA